CGCCGCACGCGGUUCCGCAGGUGGCAGCGAUGGCCCAGUCCUGAACUCCCCGCCAUGGCCGGCGCCCCCGGCCCGCUGCUCCUCGCGCUCCUGCUGCUCGGGAUGGUGGGCAGGGCCGGCCCCCGCCCCCAGGGUGCCACUGUGUCCCUCUGGGAGACGGUGCAGAAAUGGCGAGAAUACCGACGCCAGUGCCAGCGCUCCCUGACUGAGGAUCCACCUCCUGCCACAGACUUGUUCUGCAACCGGACCUUCGAUGAAUACGCCUGCUGGCCAGACGGGGAGCCAGGCUCGCUCGUGAAUGUCAGCUGCCCCUGGUACCUGCCCUGGGCCAGCAGUGUGCCGCAGGGCCACGUGUACCGGUUCUGCACAGCUGAAGGCCUCUGGCUGCAGAAGGACAACUCCAGCCUGCCCUGGAGGGACUUGUCGGAGUGCGAGGAGUCCAAGCGAGGGGAGAGAAGCUCCCCGGAGGAGCAGCUCCUGUCCCUCUACAUCAUCUACACGGUGGGCUACGCACUCUCCUUCUCUGCUCUGGUUAUCGCCUCUGCAAUCCUCCUCGGCUUCAGACACCUGCACUGCACCCGGAACUACAUCCACCUGAACCUGUUUGCAUCCUUUAUACUGCGAGCAUUGUCCGUCUUCAUCAAGGACGCAGCCCUGAAGUGGAUGUAUAGCACGGCCGCCCAGCAGCACCAGUGGGAUGGGCUCCUCUCCUACCAGGACUCUCUGGGCUGCCGCCUGGUGUUUCUGCUCAUGCAGUACUGUGUGGCGGCCAACUACUACUGGCUCUUGGUGGAGGGUGUGUACUUGUACACACUGCUGGCCUUCUCGGUCUUCUCUGAGCAACGAAUCUUCAGGCUCUAUGUGAGCAUAGGCUGGGGUGUUCCCCUGCUGUUUGUUGUCCCCUGGGGCAUUGUCAAGUACCUCUAUGAGGAUGAGGGCUGCUGGACCAGGAACUCCAACAUGAACUACUGGCUCAUUAUCCGGCUGCCCAUUCUCUUUGCCAUUGGGGUGAACUUCCUCAUCUUUGUUCGGGUCAUCUGCAUUGUGGUAUCCAAACUGAAGGCCAAUCUCAUGUGCAAGACAGACAUCAAAUGCAGACUUGCCAAGUCCACGCUGACACUCAUCCCCCUGCUGGGGACUCAUGAGGUCAUCUUUGCCUUUGUGAUGGACGAGCAUGCCCGGGGGGCCCUGCGCUUCAUCAAGCUGUUCACAGAGCUCUCCUUCACCUCCUUCCAGGGGCUGAUGGUGGCCAUCUUAUACUGCUUUGUCAACAAUGAGGUCCAGCUGGAAUUUCGGAAGAGCUGGGAGCGCUGGCGGCUUGAGCACUUGCACAUCCAGAGGGACAGCAGCAUGAAGCCCCUCAAGUGUCCCACCAGCAGCCUGAGCAGCGGGGCCACGGCGGGCAGCAGCGUGUACACAGCCACUUGCCAGGCCUCCUGCAGCUGAGACUCCAGCACCUGCCCUCCCUGGGGUCCUUGCUGCAGGCCGGGUGGCCAAUCCAGGUGGGAGAGACACUCCCAGGGACAGGGGAAGGAAGGGACACACACAUACACAUACAUCCUGCUUUCCCUCCCCAAACCCAUCAGACAGGUAAAUGGGCAGUCCCUCCUGGGACCACGGACACAUUUUCUCCUAGGAGAAGCAGCCUCCUAAUUUGAUCACAGUGGCGAGAGGAGAGGAAAAACGAUCGCUGUGAAAAUGAGGAGGAUUUCUUCUCGUGAAGCCACAGGCCCUUGGGGUUCCCCCAGACAGAGCCGCAAAUCAACCCCAGACUCAGACUCAAGGUUAAUGGCUUAUUAGUGAAACUGGGGCUUGCAAGAGGAGGUGGUUCUGAAAGUGGCUCUUCUAACCUCAGCCAAACCCAGAGCGGGAGCGACGGGAGCCUCCUCUGCUUGCGUCACUUGGGGUCACCACCCUCCCCUGUCUUCUCUCAAAGUGAAGCUGUUUGUGUGUCUGGGUUGCUUAUUUCCCUCGUCUUGCCCCCUCAUCUCACUGCCCAGUUUCUUUUUGAGGGGCUUUGUUUGGGCCACUGCCAGCGGCCGUUUCUGGAAAUGGCUGUAGGUGGUGUUGAGAAUGAGCAUUGAGACGGUGCCCACUUUUCCUCCAGGUAUUUGAGUUGUUUUGGUGCCUGCCUCUGCCAUACCCAGAGAAUCAGGGCAGGCUUGCCACCGGAGAGCCCAGUCCUGGGGUAUGAGCUCCCAAGUCUGUUUUAAAGACGCUCAAGAAUCCUCUGAGUUUCAUCUAGGGACACGUUAGGAAUGUCCAGACUGUGGGUGUAGAUUACCUGCCACUUCCAGGAGCCCAGAGGGCCAAGAGAGGCAUUGCCUCCACCUCUCCUCGGAAAUACUUUAUCUGUGGCCACACUCUGUCUCUUGAGAAUUUGGAUACACUCUCUAGCUUUAGGGGAUGUGACCAUGAAGAGACUCUCUUAGGGAAACCAAUAGUCCCCAUUAUCACCAUGGAGGCUCCCCCUGCCUUUGAACUUCCCCCACUUGGGAGCUUGUAUAUACUUCAUUCACUUUUCUUUAUUGCUGUGAAGAGUCUGUGUGCACAAUGGGCAAUUCUGACUUCUUCCAUCUAGUGGAAAUGAGCGAAAUCAUGGUUGUAGUGAUGUUGUUUGGGAGAGUGCAGUAGUAAUUGAUUUGACCCACUCACACUUGGAGCUAAUUAAGGUUUGCCCUGCCUGCAGCCUCCCCCACAAAUAAUGAACAGCAGAAAGGCUGGACGGGGACACCUGUCAAUCCUGCCCCCAGCCAUGGUGAGGAAGCCCCAAGCCAUGGUGACACACAGCAGCACUGCAGAUACCCAGACAGAUGGCCAUCCUGGAGAGGCUGGCAAGGAGAUUGUGGCUGCGAAGGAAGUUUCUGGAGCAAGAGAGAGCUCGCUCUUGGGAGUCAGGACCUCCGGGGAGAGCAGAGGGUUCCGACGGUUUCCUUUAUGAGUCAGUCUCUCCCUCCCUUUUAAAUGGUGGGAACCCUCCCCAAAACCUUACCCCAGACACAUUUUCCUGUGCCCCUCAGAGAGGCAUGUGAUGUGCAAGGAAAAUAAUAGGAUAUAAAACACAUCAGGCAGAAAAUUUCUUAUACUUCAGCUUCAGUGAAUUGUUGUCUAUGUUAAUAGGAAAGUUGAACCUCGGGCUAAAGAAAGGAAUUGUGUGGAUGGCUGCCUUGACUGAGACGAUACGGGCAGCGGGGCAUUCCUGCUUCCCCAGAACAAGGGCAGGCUUCCCAGUGGCACCCCUUAUUUGCUGUCUCUUCGUGAGGGUGGGCACUAGUGGGUUGAUGUGGGAAACAGUUCUGGUGCAAGUGUUUUAAGUUUUAGAUAAACUGAGGAUUUUGAGAAUCAUUAUUACGUUACAUAGCAACAAAGAAACAGAUUGAUAUAAUCUGUGUGAAAUAAAUUGCUGAGGAGAGGGAUUGUAGGGAAGAAAUUGCUUAGUUAGGCACCUGGGAAGCUCAAAUCAUUUAGUUUAAACUGUAAGUAGAGUUGCCUUCCCAACUGGAACUGGUGAUUCCUGAUUUCAGAAGGCUCGUCAGACCCCCACACCCAAGACUUUUAACGCAGAGGAACUUUUUCCUUCACGAAUACAUACAAGAUACCCAACUGAAGAAAUCUUUUCUUUGCUCCAACCCCUGCUCCCCCCGCCCCCUGAAGCUAUUAAUAGUCAUUCAAAUGGCACGGCACUCUUUCCAAGCUUUCCUAAGCUAAAUAUGGCCCCAACAGGUCUGGGAACUAUCGAAUGCAAUGUACUCUGAAAUUCCACCAGCUGUUUACAUGCCUGAUGCCUAAUGCCAUAUGCCUGGAGCUUGCUGAGAACUCUCUCGGCUGCCUCUGUCCUGGGGUACUAUUGCUGACCAGCAGGGUGUAGGCGCUGCUUUUGUUUGAGCUUUGUAGCCGCAAGGUCUGAUGGCUGUUGUGAACAGCAGCUGACUUCAGCACUCUGGCCAGCUUCCUCAAACUUGUUAGGGGCUUGCAUUUUGUCAACUUUUCUUUGCCAUUUCAGUCUUUCAAGCAGCCGAAUCACAGAACGGCAACAAACCACCUACAUUGCAAAGUUCCUUCGCUUUAAAAUGAGUUUCUGGAUUGCAGGGAUGAUUUUUGAUUGUCUUAGUGUGCCUCAUGCUGCAGACCACAUCGUUGGAGCUCUGGGAGACUCCGAGCAGAGAAAGACCUUGGUGAUCCACCCUGGCCCGAUCUACAGGAUUCAGGAAUGAGGCUUGCAGAGGUGGCUUGCCCAAGGUCACAGCACUAGAGGGUGGUUGAGCUGGGCCAGGACCCAGACAAGCGCUUGUCUCUCAGUCUAGUGAGGCCUCU